CAGCAGCGAAGUAUGCUCCAAGGACUAGCUACCCAGAUGUAUGACGUACACUAUAUUCGCAGUCAGAUCCUCCAGGGUAUGAUGGCUUUUCAGGAAACGACGGCCGUGCUUAUCGCAAACACCAUGUUUCUUCUUUCCCGGCACCCACGGUAUUGGUCACGACUACGACAUGAAGUCCGUCAGCGCGGCGAGGAGCUGCUCACCUUCGAAAACCUCAACAACUUCAAGCCUCUGCAGAAUAUUCUGAGCGAAUCCGCUGCGCUCCGCCUGUAUCCCAUAUUCCUCCUCAUGGGCCGCACCAGCCCCAGGGACACCAAGCUACCAGUUGGAGGAGGCCCCGAACAAUCGCAACCCAUAUAUGUCGCGAAAGGUACGCCCUUGUUUACGAGCUUGUACACACUCCAUCGCGAAGAGUCAUCCUUUGGACCAGAUGUGGAGACUUUUGUCCGAGACUGGUGGGAUAAGAUCCACCCCAAGCAAUGGGAAUACUUCCUAUUUGGCGAAGGACAACGGGUGUGU